CCACCUGAGAAUCCCUUAGCGGGCUCUUGUCGCGGAGAAUGGUAUCUAGAGUCCGCAAACCGCCGUCUGGGCGCGUGCUGCGAAAGGAAGUGCUCCUUCGAUGACCAAUCAGCAGCGAGAGGCCGGCUUAACGUCCCUCCCUCCUUCACUCCUCUUUCCCUGCGCUUUCGCUUCGUUCCUCCUGCUUUCAGCGCGGUGUCUGCGCCGUGCGGCCCUUGCAGGACACCGUCCACCGCGCGCCCGGCUAGGAGUACGGUGGCGACCUGCCUCCAGGACAUGGCCCGGUCAGAGGCUGAGUGGGUAACUGUUGCCAAUAACCUUCUUUUGAAAUGUCACAUACACCUGAGGAUACACGAACUAGAAGAUUGUGAUGCUAAUGUUUUUAUUGCUUUUUAUCAAUCCAUUUUGGGAGAAAAGGUGCCAGACCUCAUAGCUAUUCCCAGGAGUCAAGAGGAUGAAGCUCACAAUGUACAAGCAGUAAUUGAUUCGCUGGCCUUGGAUUACCUGCAGGUCAGCUUGUCUCACAUAACAGGAGAAAAUAUAGUGAAAGGAGAUAAGGAAUCUAUUAAGAAUCUCCUAGAAAUAUUUGAUGGGUUGCUGGAUUAUCUCACAGAACACCUCAGUGAAACAUCUCAUGAGAAAAAUGAAACAGGACAAUGUUUUAAAGAAUCCCAUCGAGGAGAACCUUUGGAAGAGCCAGAAAGUACUAAAGAAUCCAAAUCAUCAUGGAAAAGAGUUUCUUUUGGGAGGUGCUCCUUGUCGUCUGAGGUGUUGGGUCCCUCUUGGGAUGGAGAUGAAGCAGAAUCCACUGGUGAAAUAAUUAGACUCGGAGACACAGCACACACCUUUUCUCUAAGGAGUAAUGGUACCCAAGGUCCUAAUGAAAUGCAUUCUAAAAAAGCCUCAACUGUACCAUGUUCUAAAUCACACGAGGAAGUGUUGAACCCUCCCUCAUCUAGUUUUUUGUCCAAGAGUAGGACAUCCUUUGUUGAAGACACGGAAAUUGCUUCUGUGGAUAUGAUUGCAAGUGCUAGGAAGCUAGGCGAGCCUAUCCAAUCAGCUAUUCCUUUACAUCCACCCUACCACCCUUCAGAACCUCGAGCACCUUGCCCCAUAGGAAAAGAAUACUUGCGUUCAAGUCACUGCUCCCCUGCCAUGAAUUCUACUGGAGAGGGCAUGGCAUUUUCUGUGGAACCAGAUAGUAGAAUUUUCUUAACUUCCAAGUUGCCUAAAGAUAGCAAACAGGAAAUGUGUCCAGCUCAGGUCCAAGGCCCUAGGACAAGGAAGCUUCCCAAAGGAAAAAGAUCUGAAAACAGAGCUGCAGGCUCCUCCUGGGAUUCACCUUUCUCCCAGAGGCCAGGAAAGAGGUUAACAGAACAAGAAUUACAUGCUGUCUCAGAGAAACUGUCUCAGCGGCUAUCUGAACUAGAUUGGAUGUUAAAAAGUGCCCUGGGUGAUCGAAUUAAAGAAAAGACUGACUAUGAAGAAGAGAAUAUUGGAAAUGAAGAGGUGGAGAGUGGAAAUGAUGAGACACUGUCUCAGCACAGUGACAGCAUUAUGGAGUGUGGGCCGAAGAAGCGAAGGCCAGGACUUGCCAUGCAUAGAAAGCCACCCUACAGAUCUCAUUCACUCUCGCCAUCUCCCGUUAACAAAAACAAACCAUUCCAUAUGGAGAGAAGAAAGCAGCGAAAGCCAAAGGAAACAGAUAUCCGCCGAUUCCAAGCAAAGGCACUAACUGAAGCAUUUGAAAGGGAACUAAGAAGGAAUAAAGUUCAAGAGAAUAUUGGACCUCUAGGAAUAAAUAAUGAGGAGGAAACAGAAAAAGUAUACAGAGAAGCUGUUCAUAAAGGAACUCCAAAACGUAGUCAGCCCUGGAAGAUUUACUCUCGAAAAACCACAACUCCAAGUCCAAAAGGUGGCUUGCCAAAGCCAAAUAAAGCAGUUCCAAUGAAAGUAAACGAACACGGUCUCCUACCCCUGAUGCUGGAGCAGUUUCCAUUUCUCUAUGUUUCUGGCCAAACACUAAGCAAAAUGUGGAAACAGCAAAUUGCACAGGUUGAACAGCUCAAAAAAGAUGCAUAUAGAGAAAAUCGAUCAAAGAAGAAACUCCAGGAUGAAAUAGAAGAAGCCUUAAGGCGGCAUGACCUCCUUACUGCACUUGUCAAGAAAGAAUAUGAACAUAACAAGAGACUGCAAGACUUCAACGAUCGCAUUCAUAGGCAAAAGCUAACCCAAUCAAAGAUAAAAGAAAAUCGGCAGCAGAUUGUUCGUGCCCGAAAGUAUUAUGAUGAUUACAGAGUUCAGCUGCGUGCAAAAAUGAUGAGAAUGAGGACCCGGGAAGAAAUGAUAUUUAAGAAACUGUUUGAAGAAGGUUUACAAAUUCAAAAGCAAAGAUUACGAGACCUAAGAAACUAUGCCAAAGAAAAGCGAGAUGAACAAAAGAGACAGCACCAAAAUGAACUGGACUCGAUGGAGAACUACUAUAAAGACCAGUUUUCAUUGCUGGCAGAAGCCGUAUCACAGGAACGUCAAGAACUCAGAGCCAGAGAGAAAGCCCAGGCCCAGGUCUCUGUAAGAGCUGCUGCUAAAUUAUUAAAACCACUCCAGGAGCUUGAUGAGCUGGAAGGUGGAGAGGGAAUAAAAACAGAUGAGGGCCUGGAGAAAUGUGAAUGGCAGGAUGACAUGAAUUCUCUUUUAGACAUUAUAUAAGGUGAAGAGAGAGCUGAGAUCUAAGAUGGAGAAGGAAAUUCAGCAACUGCAGAACAUGAUAACACAGCACGACGAUGAUGCUUUCUUCCGGGAAUUGGAAGCUGAGCGCUUCAGAUCUCGCCUUCAUCUGGCUUCCUUUCAGUACAGUAAAAAUCCUUUCCCAUGAGACCAGACUUUAUAAGUAAUGUUUCUGGAGAACUUUACCGGGGGCAGAGCUAGAAUUGAGCCAGUGAACAAUCUAAACCAAAAGAAAGAAUCAUUUCUAAAUGCCUUAUCUAUGUAUUCAUUCCAAUACUUUUUGUGAGAUUUUUUAAAAUAAAAAUUUUCUUAAAGUUUA